AUGUCCACAAUAGCUUCGCCCCGCGACCCUUCCACACCCCUGCGUCGCCUCCCCUCCGGCACACCCACCUCCUCCGGCCGACCAUCCCUCGAAACUACCCGAUCAGGUGUGACAUCCCCCGUCAACGAUCCAUCAUCACAAGCACCCGCACCGCCCAAACGCUCCAAUCGCGUCGCCCUCCGCGAAUACUACAAACUCCGUGCGCCUCGCAUCGAGGUCGCCGGCUCAGAAGUUCCGUCCAGCGACCUCGAUGCCCCGGAAUUCAAUGCGGACGAGUAUGUGGCCAGAGUCAUGGGGAACAGCGGACUGGAGGAUCUGCUGCGCCUAUACACCCAGGUUGUAGGGGAGGUGAGGGCCUUGGACGCGGAGAAGAAGGCGCUCGUGUACGAUAAUUACAGUAAAUUGAUUGCGGCUACGGAGACCAUUCGCAAGGUAAGGGCUGUUGUGAGGGCAGAAAUUGUCAAAAACUUUGGACCGAAAUUUGCUGAUCCUGGAAUUCAGAUGCGUGCGAAUAUGGACCCUUUGAACCCCAUGGCGUCGACGCUCGACCCUGCCAUUGCACAAAUAUACUCACAGGCGUCGUCAAUACGGGAAAAGCUGCGCGAGUCGGUGCCAGCGCCGGAUUCUGAGGAAGGCAGGCGGAGGGAAAUCGAGCUGCGAAGACGGAGAACACGGGAAUUGGCUGCGGAAGUGCUGGCUACUCCGCAAAAGUUGAGGGAUCUAGUCAAGGAGGGCAAGAUGCAGGAGGCUAAGAGACAGUGGGAAAUGCCCAAGAGACUAUUGGUGGCGUGGCAGGAGUUGGGUGUUGGUGGCGAUGAUGUGCAGGACUGUAUUGAUGAGGGUGAUGCAGUGUUUAAGCCGGUGCCGGAUUUACCACAGAGGACGUCGAGAGAUAGUCGGUAG